ACCAGUUGCGCGCUCUGUAAAAAUAUUAGGCGUCUAUUGCUCAAUCCUUAUCACAAGAUUCUGUCGGUCCUUUGGAAGAGCAGCAUGUUUCUUAAACUGGUGAUAGUUGCCCUAUUGGUGUUGGCCCUCAGCAUCAAGGUGGAAGGGGCAUGCGACCCAAGUGCCUGUGACUCAGAAGAGACGAGGCUUGGCAGUAUUAUGAAAGACAAUCCAACUCUCCAGGAAGUAUGCCAGUCUGGCAACGCAUACAUUGACUGUGCUAAGAGAAUACUCACAGACUGUGGAGCCGAUUCCUAUGUUAGUCAACUCGAAAGGAUGCAGAAGUUAAUGAAUGAGAAAGGCUGUGCCCUCAGCAUCAAGGUGGAAGGGGCAUGCGACCCAGGUGCCUGUAACUCAGAUCUGACGAGGUAUCUCAGAAUUGCGUCAGACAAUCCAACUCUCCAGGAAUUAUGCCAGUCUGGCAACGCAUAUCUAGACUGUGCUAAGAGAAUACUCACAGACUGUGGAGCCGAUUCCACUGUUAGUGAACUCGAAAGGAUACAGAAGUCAAUAAAUGAGCAAGGAUGUGGUUCAGCCGGAAAACUGUUCGUCUGCAGUCCUCUCCUUAUCCUACUUCUCUUUCUGUCCAAAUCAGUAAACUAAAUCCAUUUUGUAAUUUGAAAUAACCAGGACAUGUCUCAUGUACCUGCGAAUUGACAGCAACUAUGUAGGACUAGAUUCGAUCGGCAGCUGUAUUCCACAGAUCUAAAAACUAGUUGCAACAUCUACAUAUCAUUUCCUCGACAGUAAGCUGACAUUUUCUCCAAAA